GCUUUGUUUUUCUCAAGCAAGUGAAUGAAUUGCCGUGCCACUGCAAGGAUACCAGCAAAGCAGUUAAUAUCCUCAUCGACACUGGAACAACAAAUAACGAUUUAAGCUCUAAAUGCAAUAUCGUUUCAGAUAUGGAGGACGAAAUGAAUUUAGAAAUUGAAACUCCAAAAAACAAGCGGGUGCGGAAAAUAAAAGUGAAAUGGACAGCGGAAGAGACCGAGCGGCUGAUCCAAGAAGUAGAGUCCAGGGAAGGUACAUGGAAUUUUCUUUCCCAUGACUAUAGAGACCGAAAUUUGCGAGAGGCUCAGUGGCAUGAAGUAGCGGACAUAUUAAAUAUGCCACGUUCAGAAGUAGCAGCCAAAUGGAACAGCCUUCGCUGCUCUUUUCGCGCGGCCUUCAAACGAAAGACACAUACAAAAAGUGGUCAAGGUGCUGGAAGAACGCCUACAAUGAACCCACUUUAUAAUUCUCUAAAGUUCCUGGAGCCCACCUUGCGUGUUGAAACUAACACGACAACAAAUUUAAUUAAUGCAAACGUCGAGCUCAAAAAGAUGAUGAGUAUAUUCAAGUGGUGGAACGUGCACUGGAGACCCUCACAUCAGCUACCAAAAGUGACGCUUGGGAUGAUUUGGGAAAUUUUGGGUUAUCCAAUGGCCGAGAGUUGGCCCAAGAAUCUCCACAACUGGCCAAAGAAUUUAAGCGGGAUAUAUGUGAGUUGAUAUUCAAAUAUCAACAGAAUGUAGCUAGGUCAACAUAAUCACAUCUAUUUCAUCUACAUCUGAUAGUCGUUUGUACCUUUUUAUAUACAAUACUUUAAAUAAAACUGAACUAAAAAUAAUAAUUAUAAUUAUAAAAUAAAAGAUGACAUAUACUCGUAUAGAAAUGAAUUGAA